AUAUAUAUAUAUAUGUUUGCUUUUUGUUCCCUCACCUCCAGUUAAAAGAACAAAACAAAAUAGCCAAUAAGGAGGAGAACCAAGAGGGAGCUGAGUGUGAAAAGCAAGAGAGAGGAGAAUAUCCCAGAGGAAGAAGUGAUCACUAGUGUCAGAAUCUGCACAGUAGAGUCCACAAGGAUGAGGAUUAAGAAAAGGACAAAAGAGUUGGCAAUUAAGAAUUCUCAUUUUUCAGGUAGAUUGAAGAGGUCCGAAGCCAGACCAAAGACAGGCCAGACCUGUGAUCUUAUUAGUAGUAUGUGGAGACCGGUAUAUCUGUUCCAUAACUGAACUGUCUUUUAAAGUUACCUGGGACAGUGUGAAGUUAAUUGACUAGCCUAGGUUCACUCAGCUAGGAAAUGUCUGAGGUAAAACUUGAAAUCAGGGCUUCUUGCUUGAUGCUGGCUCUCCAUCUACCAUGAUUAAUUGCCUCUCUGUUCACAUUUAAAAAGGCACUCUUCAGUUUCUAAUAUCUCCUGCCAGGUCCUGCCCCAGGUUCUUUGAAACUGUGUUAUCUGGUCACAGGCUCUGGAAUAUCCUACUAAUCUGAAAAUAAGUCUAGUAUGGGCCAGAUUGGGCCAGCUGGUGUUCAGGGACUAGCCCAGCUAAACAUAGGGAAACAUCACCAGCCUGGCAGCAAAAACAACCCCAAGAUGUAUGCUUCAUCCCCAGACAGGAUGCCUGCAAGGAGUUGAAUGACAGAUCCUUGAUGUAUUAAAAAAGAUAGAAUGAGAAAGUAUGUACCUUUCUGGAACAGUUGUUUGCAUAUCCUCAAACUAGAGAGCAAACCCUUCUAUUCACCAAAGAGCCUAGAACAGAAUGGGAUGGAAUGACAUAAGGGUUGAAUAAAUACAGGAUCAGUGAAACAUCACAGAUGCCUAUCUGUAAGCCCUGGGCAGUCUGAUCAUCUGUGUAAGACCAUCCAUGUGACUAAGAGUAAAGGGCUCUUUCAAGGUGGCUCAGUCUAGUCUUUGCCUCUAGCCAUCUAGAGGGAUCCACUUUGGGCAUCUGAGCCCCAAAUCUUGAGGGAGGUGAAAGUAUUGGGAAAGCAACCCUGGAGCAAGAGACCUCAGACAUAGCCACUAAAAUGCUAAACUGAAUUGAAAUCAAAGGAAAUCUACAUGGCUUGAGACCUUACCCCAGCACUUCAGUACCAAGACCAGUGAGAGUGAGUUAUUGGUGCUACUGCAGUUUUCUCAUUCUUGCUGAGUAUAUUAUACUUGAGUCUUUUGUCAGAACAUCAAGGAGAACAGGGUGAAAGGUCAGACCUAUCUGGUGUUUGGACCUAAUGCUUUCAGAGAGAGGUUGGAGGGAGUCAGUGAGAGAACAUGGUCAGAAAGACCAAAGGGUCAUGGUCCAUGUUAGAGAUAAAGGCCCUUUUUCGAACUUUUUACUAAAGAAUUUCCACUAAGAAAGAGGAGCACCAAAACAAAAAUACAGAUACCAAGAGUUCCCUAAAAUGUAGAUGGUCUUAAAAAGUGGUUUUUAUUCCCCCCACAAUGAACUAGUCACUCUUCUCCAGCUUACAUAGUUCAUUUCUUGAGCCCUAAAGUAAGGAUUUACAUUUCUUUCUAUAUCAUUUCAUCUUCCAGAUUUGGCCUUGGGUUCUGGGUUAGCAAAAUCUUGUGAAUGCAAAUUCUGCCAGCCAGUGUAUCCAAUUUAAUCUGUCUCUUUGCAGUAUUGAUUCUUGUUCCUGGUUUUGGCUUUGGAGCAAAAUUAGUAAGGCCAGACCUCUUCCACAUGUCAGACCUUUGGUUACUGAAGAAAACUAUUCACUCUUGCCCCCCCACAAGCCUUUUUUCCCCCAAACUGAACAUUCCCAGUUCCUUGAAUUGAUCAUUGCCUUGGCAUGAUUUGGAGGCCCUUCCCCACAUCAGAAUCUCUGAGUUUAAGGGAUUUGGGCAGCCUCUUAGUUCAACCUGUAUCUAAAAGGAAGUGUGGCUUUUCUUCUCUGGACAUUGCACAGCUGAUUGCUUGAUGUUAUUUGUAACAUGGUGUUUAGAACCAAACCUAAUACUCUAAAUAUAUUCAUUUAGUAGUAAAAUAUUACAGGACUCUCAUCUUUCAUUCUCUUUCAGCAACCUGAGCUUCAAGUAUUUUUUCAAUGGGGAAGGGGUACCUUACCAUAUAGUUGACCCCUAAGGAGCUUGUGGCCCACUAGAAUACCCCAAUUUUUUUUUCAUAGCUGCCAUCUAGUUAUACUUCCCCUCUGUUAUACUUGUGAAGUUGAUUUUUGAACCCAAGUAUUAGUUUAUACUAAUCCCUAUUACAUUUAACCUUUUUAAAAUCAAUCUAAUUUCAGAUCCAUCAAGAUCUUUUUGCAUCUGAUUCUAUCAUCCAUUGCCUUAGCACUCCCUCCCAGACAGGUUCUAUCUGAAUAUUAAAUAAGUCAUCUAUCUAAGCCUUUACAUUAUUGAUAAAGAUGUUAAAUAGCCUAUGGUCAAAGAAUAGCUCCUUAGGACACUUCACUGGAAACCAUCCAAUUGACAGAAUGCCUUUAAUUACUUCUUUAGUCUGGUCAUUCAUUUUGAAUUCACCUAACUCACAAUUUCAUAGGUUCAUAGAUCUGGAGAUUAAAAGACCUAGCUCACAGCUUUUCAUCUUAUUGGAAGGGAUAGCCCAAAGUCAACUAUAUCAAUGGCAUUGCCCUGACCCAACAGUCUAAUUAUUUUAAAAGGCAGUGAGGGCUUUAUUUUAUAUCCUCUCCUCUCCUCUCCUUCCCUUUCUCUCCCUUCCUCCCUCCCAAUAUUAGGAAAAACAAUCAAAAUUAGAUACUGAAAUAACCACACCUGUCAAAUUGUGAAAUAUUCUGCCCCCAUGUUCUCCCAGUUCUCUAAUAAAAGAACUGGGGGAGAUGUUUCAUGUUCUGUCCUUGGUCAUUUAAUGUAAUUUUGUUGUUCAGUUGUUUCAGUACUAUCUGACUUUUCUUGACCCCUUUUUAGGGUUUUCUUUUUAAAGAUCCUGAAGUAGUCUUCCUUCUCCAGUUCAUUUUACAGAUGAGAAAACUGAGGCCAACAGGGUUAAAGGACUUGCCCAGGGUCAUACAGAAGUAGUAAGUGUCUGAAUCUAGAUUUAAACUUGGGUCUUGACUCCAAGCCCAACACUAUUCACUGCACCACUUAGCUGCCCUGCAUCUGAUUCUAGACCAGUUGAACUUUAAUAAUGCUUUGUUUGAAUUAUUAUAGUCAUUGAUUUUUUUUUUGCAUCUAUUCAUAUGUAUCUUGUGUUUCUUGGAUUCCUCCUGUUCAUUUCAUAAUGUACAAUGAUAUUCUGCCACAAUUUGCUUGGCCAUUCUCAAGGUGAUGGAAAGACACCCACUUUUCUCUCAUGUUUGGUUACCACAAACAGUUCUCUUACUGGUAUUCUGAUAUCAAAAGGAACUUUAUUUCUGUCCUUGGUUUGUCUUCCUAGUCAAGCUGGUGGUUUAGGAACAGCUUUAUUUACUUUUCUCAUAGGAUUACAAACUGUUUAUGAGAACAUUAGGAUGAAGCCCCAGCACCAGUAUAUCUCCUCAGGCAUUCAUUCCAUCAUUCAUUCAUUUCAUUCAUUCACUCAGCAUUGAUUAAACACCUCCAGUGAUUCAGGGUCUGCAUUUGGCUCUGGGGACAAAAAGCUGAAAACCAGCAUCUGUGCUGCUAUUAUUGGGGCUGCUGCUUAUCUGUGGCUUUCCUUUGGUGCUUUAAGGGAUGUGAGAUGAAAGUAGAAGUGUUUUCAUGUCUGUUUAAUGAUUUUUGUUGCAUUGUCUUCUGUUGUUGAUAAUUUAUGCUUUUUAUAUAAAUGUUUAUUGAGAGCUAUUGGUUUUAUGUUAUCCCAUCUUUCCCAAAAUACCCCCCACCCCAGCCCUCCUCAGGCCAUAAAGCUGUCCCAUGUAACAAAGAAUUUCAAAUGACAGUUCAGCAAAACUGAUACAGUUAAAUGCAAUUUUCUUCUUUUAAAAAAUGUCUAGGGCAGCUGGGUAGCUCAGUGGAUUGAGAGCCAGGCCUCGAGAUGGGAGAUCCUGGGUUAAAAUCUGGCCUCAGACACUUUCUACCUGGGUGAGCCUGGGCAAGUCACUUAACCCCCAUUGCCUAGCCCUUACCACUCUUCUGUCUUGCACCCAAUUCAUAGUAUUGAUUCUAAGGUGGAAGGUAAGAGUUUAAAAAAAAGUGUCACUAUUUCCUUUUCUGAAUGUUCCCCUAUCAACCCUUCAGUAAUGUUUUAGAAUUUUGUCAGGUAUCAGGGUCGAAUUUGGAGGCAUAUAGUUUGCAGGCUAUAGUCUAUCCUUUCUACUUUUUUUUUUUUAAUUCAGCCACUCUUUGCUGUUCUUCAAUUUUGAGAUCCUUCGCAUUCUCCAGGAUAUUCAGAGAUCACUAGCAUUCAGUGAUUGGCUCAGCUGCUUCUUAUGGGCCUUGUGAUUUGAACUUUGCUAAGUUCUGGCUUUUCAAGACUCUUGUCUUCCCUGGUAAAGGAGAGUCAAGGAGAAGGAGGAGAGAAUGACUUCUGGGCUUCUGAUAGCCAAGUCCCAGAAAGCACUUACCUUCCAAGAUGUGGCUGUGGAGUUCACCCAGGAGGAAUGGGGACUGUUGGAACCUGCUCAGAAGAAUAUGCACAGAGAUGUGAUGCUGGAGAACUAUGAGAACUUUGUCUCCCUUGGCCUUCCAGUUCCCAAAUCAGCUCUGAUCUUCCAUUUGGAGAGAAGAGAAACACCAUGGCUGCCAUCAGGAGAAGUCUUAAGAAAUACCUACCCAGAUUACCUGGUACAGAAGACAAAUUGUGAAGCCAAGGAAUUAUCACUAAAGCAGCAUAUUUCUAUGGGAGAAACAUUCAAGGAAAGAUGCCAAAAACAAGGUCCCUGGGACUCUAAGUUGGAAGAAGCUGAUGAUUGUGAUGUCAGGUCAAAGAGGCAAAACACCAACCAAGAGAGACCACCGAAACAAAUAGGAGCCAUUCACAGGAAUACUUUUAAUGAAUUAAAUACAAAUGAACAUAAUAUAUAUGAAAAAAAGGUUAAUCUAGGCUCAGUUCUCAUUCCACAGCAGAAAGAUACUAUUGGAAAGUGUCAGCAUAAAUAUGAUAUACAUGGAAAUGGUGCCAAACAAUGUUCAGACUUAAUUAAGCAUAAUAGAAUCACCUUGGGAAAGAAACUUCCUAAGUAUAAUAAUUGCAGGAAGCCUUUUAUUUACCAUUCAAACCUUAUUCAUUACCAUAGAUUACAUACACGAGGAAAAGACCCUAAGUAUAAUCAAAGUAGGAAAGAUUUCAGCAUCAAUUCCUCAUGCCCUACUGUACAUCAAAAAAUAAAUACAGGUGAAACCCCUUACAGAUGUAAUGAAUGUGGGAAAGACUUCAAGCAGAAGAAAUACCUGAAAACACACACGAUAAUUCAUAUUGGAGAGAAGUCCUUUGAAUGUAAAGAAUGUGGGAAAGCCUUUAGCAAUAAUCAUAGCCUCUCCCAACAUCAAAUAAUUCAUACUGGAAAGAAACCAUUUGAAUGUAAUGAGUGUGGGAAGGCUUUUAGUAGCAAACGAUACUUAAUUGAACAUCAAACAGCUCAUACAGGUGAGAAACCUUAUAAAUGUAAUGAGUGUGAAAAGGCCUUCAGCUGGCAUGCAAGCCUUUAUGUACAUAAGAGGGUUCAUACUGGAGAGAAGCCCUUCGAAUGUAAGGAAUGUGGGAAAGCCUUCAGCAAGAAGGUAUACCUUAUCAGACAUAAGGUAAUCCAUACUGGAGAGAAGCCCUUCGAAUGUAAUGAAUGUGGGAAAGCUUUCAGGCACUAUUCUUCCCUUAUGCAACAUCAAAAAAUUCAUACAGGGGAGAAACCCCACAAAUGUAAUGAAUGUGAGAGGGCCUUCAGACAAAAGGCACAUCUUGAAAUUCAUAAGAGAAUUCAUAAUGGAGAGAAGCCCUUUAAAUGUAAUGAAUGUGGGAAAGCUUUCAGGAACAAGGUAUACCUUAAUACACAUCAAGUAAUUCAUACUGGAGAGAAACCCUACAAAUGUAAUGAGUGUGGGAGAGCCUUCAGGCGGAAGGCACACCUAGAAACACAUAAGAUAAUUCAUACUGGAGAGAAGCCCUUUGAAUGUAAUGACUGUGGGAAGGCCUUUAGCAGUAAUCACCAUCUAAAUCAACAUCAAGCAAUUCAUUCUGGAGAGAAACCUUAUAAAUGUAAUGAAUGUGGGAAAGCCUUUAGCAGUAACCACUACCUAACUCAACAUCAAACAAUUCAUACUGGAGAGAAACCUUAUAAAUGUAACGAAUGUGAGAAAGCUUUCGGCACAAUUGCUCGCCUUCAAACACAUAAACUAGUACAUCCUGGAGAGAAACAUUUUGAAUGCAAUGAAUGUGGGAAAGGCUUCAGAUACAGAUCAGGCCUUAUACGACAUCAAAAGACUCAUACUGAAGAGAAACCCUAUGAAUGUAAUGAAUGUGGAAAAGUCUUCAAGCGGAGCUCAUCUCUUAUGCAACAUGAGAUAAUUCACACUGGAGAAAAACCCUAUAAAUGUGAUGGAUGUGGGAAAGCCUUUAGCCGGAAAGGAAAUCUUGAAAUACAUAGGAGAAUCCAUACAGGGGAGAAACCUUAUAUAUGUAGUGAAUGUGGGAAAGCCUUUAGGCAUAAAGGAAGCUUUAAUGCACAUAAGAAAAUGUAUUCUGGAAAGAAAAACUUUGAAUAUAAUGAAACUGGAAUGGUUUAGACCAGUGAUGGUGAACCUUUUAGAGACCGUGUGCCAUGCUAUGCCCCCUUCCAAGACCACACCUCUCCGGCCCCCCACCUUACCCCACAUGGGAGGGUAUAAGGACUCCCAUUGGGCUGUUGGGCAAAUGAAGUGAAAAAUGUCCUCCAGCAUGGUGGAGAGGGGGAAGGGAGCAGUUCUACCUGCCUUUCUAGUAACAAACUCUGGUGGAGGACAGUGCCCACAGAGAGGUCACUAUAUGCCCUUUCUGGCAUGUGUGCCAUAGGUUUGCCAUCACAGGUUUACACAAAAACCAAAUUGCUGUACAUAGUAGAUUUUAUAAGAGAUAGAAACCCAUUAAAUAUAUGGAAUUAGCAGGAAAUUUGCCUUGAAAAACAAUCAUGGAAUUAAUAUUAAAGAGUGUGGUUAGGCCUUUAGCUAGAAAGGAGCCCAUAUUGAAAACUUGAUGAACAUUUUUAGUAUAAUGAAUGUGGGAAAGCUUCCAAAUGAUGUAGAAACUUUAUAAAUGUAAGAAAUUUGGUGUAGCCUUUAGGAAAACAGCAAGCUUUAUGUUGAAGCAAAACACUUUCAAUGCAGUAAAUGUGCACAAGCUUUCAAAUCAAAUAGAUUAAAAACCAUAAGAGAUUGCAUUCUAGAGAGAAGCCCUUAAAUUUAACAAAUAUGAGAAUACUUUCAAGCUUAAGACAAAUCUUUGUUACACAUAAGAUUCUUACUGUAGACAAUGUUAAUAUUUUAAUUGUUAAUAUUUAGUGUGUUUGGGAAGGUCUAGUGGGAAUCUCUUAUAAGGAGAUAUUGUGAAUUUUAAAAGUCUCCAUCUUGGUAUAGCACCCAAAAAAAUUGUGCACACCCACACUAUAUGGGCAUGUGCUAGUCAAUGACAAAUCAGAAAUAACUAACUGCCCACCUGGGCUGUCCUAAGCCAAGCUAGAGCCAACCAUUGGCACUUGUGAGACACAGGAAGUAGAGGUAGGGAACAGCCUCUGAAAUUCGCACACUUCCUGUGCAGGGAGCUAGACAGGAGUUGGUGUUAGGAGCUUGGACAGGGAGGACACCCGCAGACAGCUUUCCUUCAGAUCGGUCACAUGAGUUAAGGACUGAUUCUUUCCACCUUGGCCCUUUGGGCCUAAAACUCCCUCUGCCUUGGUCAGAGGUUGAGUAACCCCUCUUCCCUUUUCUCCUCUCUCCUUCUCUCCCUCUCCUUUCCCUACUCCCAUUGUGAUUAAACCUCCAUAAACUCCA